UGAUUUUUCUCGCUUUAUUUUCUAUUUUUCGAUUUUCAUAUAAUAUACAGAGAAGAUUUUGAACGGAAAAGGUUUAGGAAAAAUGUGUUGUUGAUUUGAGAUUUCUCGAAGUGUUGGUGAGCGAUUAGGGUUCUGUAUUGUGAAUCUAUCGCGUCGUUCGUCGGAGAAUGAAUUUCGUUGUACAGAGAUUUUAGACUGAACCUAAGCAGAACUUGCAGGUUACAGUUUCCUUUCGUCGAUCGAUUGCUGAACUUGAUAGGUUCUUUGAGUGUUUCUCUGCGAUAUGGCGAACCUUCCGAUCCUUCAAUUUGAAGAGAAGAUCGUGGAAACAGUGGAGAAGAAUUCAGUGGUAGUUAUAAUUGGAGAAACCGGUUCUGGGAAGAGUACUCAGCUCUCUCAGAUACUUCAUCGACAUGGUUACACAAAGUCCGGCGUCAUCGCCAUCACUCAGCCCCGACGUGUUGCUGCCGUUUCCGUUGCCAGGCGAGUCGCACAGGAGCUUGAUGUACCUCUUGGAGAAGAUGUUGGUUAUGCGAUACGUUUCGAGGAUAGAACUACGAGUAAAACACGGAUUAAGUACCUCACAGAUGGAGUUCUACUUCGUGAGAGUCUGUCCAAUCCAAUGCUUGAUGAUUAUUCUGUUAUCAUAUUGGAUGAGGCUCACGAGAGGAGUUUAAACACGGAUAUUCUGUUGGGUCUAGUGAAACGGUUGGUUAGAAUCCGUGCAUCCAACUUUAAAGUUCUUAUAACCUCUGCAACACUUGACGGCGAAAAGGUUUCUGAAUUCUUUUCGGGCUGCCCUGUGCUGAAUGUACCUGGAAAAUUAUACCCCGUGGAAAUAUUAUACAGCAAAGAGCGUCCUGUCAGCUAUAUUGAGUCAUCUCUGAAAGUAGCUAUUGAUAUACAUGUUCGUGAGCCAGAAGGUGAUAUUUUAAUCUUCAUGACCGGACAGGAUGAUAUUGAAAAAUUAGUAUCAAGGCUAGAGGAAAAAGUACGAAGCUUAGCAGAAGGAUCCUGUAUGGAUGCUAUUAUUUAUCCUCUUCACGGUUCUUUGCCCCCUGAAAUGCAGGUUCGUGUCUUUAGUCCUCCUCCUCCAAACUGCCGCAGAUUUAUUGUUUCUACCAAUAUUGCUGAAACUUCCCUUACUGUGGACGGGGUUGUGUAUGUAAUUGAUUCCGGGUAUGUGAAGCAAAGACAAUAUAACCCAUCAAGUGGAAUGUUUUCUCUUGAUGUUAUUCAAAUUAGCAAAGUGCAAGCUAACCAACGUGCUGGACGUGCUGGCCGAACAAGACCGGGGAAAUGUUAUCGUUUAUACCCAUUGGCAGUCUACCGAGAUGACUUCCUUGAUGCAACUAUUCCUGAAAUCCAACGAACUUCUCUUGCCGGGAGUGUUCUAUACUUGAAAUCAUUGGAUCUUCCUGAUAUUGACAUUCUCAAGUUCGAUUUUCUUGAUGCUCCUUCAUCUGAGUCAUUAGAAGAUGCGUUGAAGCAAUUGUAUUUCAUUGAUGCAAUUGAUGAGAAUGGAGCAAUAACAAGGAUUGGACGGACAAUGUCUGAUCUUCCACUAGAACCAUCAUUGUCAAGAACAUUGAUAGAAGCGAAUGAAACCGGUUGCUUAUCUCAAGCUCUAACAGUUGUUGCUAUGCUGUCAGCAGAGACAACUCUUCUUCCUGCUAGGAGUAAACCCAGUGAAAAGAAGAGGAAACAUGAUGAAGAUUCUAAUCUUCCUAAUGGAUCCGGAUAUGGUGAUCACAUUCAACUGCUACAGAUUUUCGAAUCUUGGGACCGUACUAAUUAUGAUCCUGUAUGGUGCAAAGAGAACGGCAUGCAGGUGCGAGGGAUGGUGUUUGUCAAAGAUGUUAGAAGACAGUUAUGUCAGAUUAUGCAGAAAAUAUCCAAAGGUUAGAUUGUUUCAUGACAAGAAGAUUCCGUGAAAGAAUAUAUAAUUAUUUCUCUAUGGCUUUCACCCUAAAUGGUUAUGCCUCCAACAGAACCAGAGUUUAUGUCAACAUCACUCUUUUAUCUUGUGAGAUGUGAUAGGUGGCUGUGUCAUACCUAACCAACCGUCACUAAAAUAUUUGGUCUCCUUGACAAACUAGAUCGAUUGGAAGUUGGGGCAGAUGGUAGGAAGAGUUCAAGCCGAGACGACUACAGGAAGUUGAGGAAAGCUCUAUGCGUUGGUAAUGCAAACCAAAUUGCUGAGAGAAUGCUUCGUCACAAUGGAUACCGGACUCUUAGUUUCCAGUCCCAGCUAGUCCAGGUGCAUCCAUCAUCUGUAUUGAGUGCCGACAAUGACGGAAUGAUGCCUAACUACGUAGUGUACCAUGAGCUGAUUUCCACCACACGUCCGUUCAUGCGGAAUGUUUGUGCAGUAGAUAUGGCAUGGGUGGCUCCCAUCAAAAGAAAGAUCGAGAAAUUAAAUGUCAGAAAAUUGAGCGGUGGACCGGCUCCCUCUUUCAAAGUACCUGAGGAGAAGACGGAGUUGUCUAAAAACAAUGCAGAAACACCUGCAGUUUCUGAAAAUGUUGAGAGUCGGAUUGAAGCAGCCAGAGAACGCUUUCUUGCUCGUAAAGGACAGAAAUAAAUUUGAUGUCUCAAACAUAAAUACAAGAUUCAACUAGCCCUAUAAAGAAUAGAAAAGAGAAGCUUUCUGUAGAAGAUUUGUUAUUAGAGACAAUUUUCAAAUUUUGUAUGUUCUGUUUUUUUUUUUUUUGGCUCAACUUAAACUUUUCUUUAUUCUCAUUCGACAUGAGUUUUAAAUUUUUAACCCAAUUUGGUAUGUUCUUAGUAUUAUGUUUAAAAGAUGAUAAUGUUUACACGAAAAAAGAAAAGAAAAAGG